UCAGGCUACUAAUGCCUCAGCCAAAGUAGUCAGUUGAAUGAGUUUCAAGAAUAAUAAUAGAGUCUUGCUGAUAAAGCAGUCAAAGUCCAGUCCUUUGACCAAAGAUAACUUACAUCAAAAUAAAUUCUGAAACUUCGUUGGUUUUGGAACCAGCAUGUAUGAACUUUUUUCUGUUAGGGAAGGUUACUGUUGUCCAUAUAGAGACAAAUAUUCAACAGCCUGUACUUGCACUUUAAUUAAGGGAAAAUAUAAUGUUAUCGUCAACACAUUAUCAUAUUUUGAUCGUUAUAAUGUGUUGAGUGCUUUGAGUAAAUAUGGAUUAGGAGUACAUGAUAUAAACUACGUUGUCAGCACACAUGCACGUCCUGAUUACUUUGGAAACAAUAAUAUAUUUAGAAAUAGCAUACAUAUAGUUGGUAAUUGUAUUUCAAAGAAGAUGGAAUACCAAAAGUCCCCUCUUAGUUUGGGUAAUACUUAUUACAUCGAUGAGGACAAUCUCAAAGUAAUUCCCACCCCAGGCUAUACUCUAACUGAUCUUACAGUUGUAGUGAGGAGCAAUAUAGGAAUAGUUUAUAUUACAGGUGAAUUAUUUCAAUGCCAAAAAACAUUUGAUAAAGGAGAGAACUCAGAAUUGAAUUUGUUCACUAACAUGAGAAGAAUAGAAUAUCCCAUUUUUUGGAGAUUCAAUAGAAAUAUGGUAGUGAAACAUGCUGACUAUAUUGUUCCAGGACAUGGAGAAAUAUUUCGAAUAACAGACCAAAGAAGAAGAGAUUUUUUCAAAGCAUAUAAUAUUGGGAAAAGGAAAAGAAGAAGAAACAAUAAUUCGAAAUAAAUUUUAUAGGAUAUUUUUAAAUUUAUAAUUUCUCAGUUCAGAAAGCCUGAUAGUAUAACAUGCCUUUAGCUGUAGAAAAUUUUAAUUAUCAUUUUUAAGAUCAACAAGAUUUAAAACAUUAUGUAAAUAAGUUUCUUCAACUAUUAAAAACAUAAAUUAUAUACACAACAAUCUUUUAGUUGCUGGAAAUAUUUUAAUUGUUAUAAAAAUAAUACUGAAAUCAUCCUCUGGUUUAAUAUCCCA